AUGUCAGGGGCUUCAAGUGAUGUAUCUGGAGCAUCGAGUGGAGGAAGUAGUUCUCUUCGCAGAGGUGGAAAGAUAAUAGGGAUUCCAAAGAGAUGUUGGUGUGGCACUGAAAUUGUCCCUCUGAUGUCAAAAUCCGACCACAACCCAUACAGAAGAUACUUCCGAUGUGCCCAUGCUGCAGCGAAGAAGCUUAUGAAUGAUAACCAUGUAUUCAAGUGGAUUGAUGAGGUUUUGAUAAACGAAGUUGAAUCACUCCAAUUCAAAAUUGCAAGGCAUGAAGAACAACUGAUAGAGAUG